AAAAAAGAGAAUGUUUAUGGAAAAAUCGGAUCUCUCCAUCCAACCAACCCCUUCGCCAGGCGCGCCAACGAACAAGUUUCCGGAACAGGGCUCAAGAAGCAGGAACAGGAAUGGCCAGUUAUAUAUAUCCCCAACCAGAGGAUCGUGUUGGCAGGGCAGGAGGAGACUGGGCCUUUGCCCUGAGAGCCGUAGCCCAUUUCCCGAGAUUUUGUUUCGAAAUACGAGCCACGAGUCGAGAGGGGAAGAAGAAUAAUGGUUGUGAAGACAAUGAUACUUGGCAGUUGGAACCAUGUCAGAUAAAAUCAGAUCAGCGGAAAAAACGAAAGAAUUUUCUCUCGACUGAAGUAGAUAAUUUCAGGGAGUGUCGAGAAGAGGCUGAAAUGAGGCGAGCGUUGAUGUAUAGGUAUCUUUUGUUGGCGGUUGGCGGUUGGCGGUUGGCGGCUGGGCAAGCUGGCAAGCUGGCAAUUUGGCAGUUUGCAACCAUAUCCGGACACAAGAUAAUCCAGGCCGAGACAACCAGCGGUCCAAACAACAUGACAUAUCAUUGCCGGAGGCUCCACGGUGCCUGGUACCUUAGGGACGCGGGGCAACUAGGCCCAACACGGCUAGGGCCGGAGGUGGUGAGAGUGUUUGUGGUAGUAGCGAGUGAGACCUACGCCGGCUGCCCCUUCCUGUUUCGCAGCGCCCCGUCUCGCGGUUCCCCUGUGUGUGCCUGCGGCGAGUCUGUGGGCGAGGCUCCUCCCCUCCUGCCUGGCCGGGCUAGUCUGUCUCUCUUUUCCAUCGCAUCCAAACCUCAUCUUCAACUUUAA